CGACCCUCUCCACGCCCCCGGGACACGCACUGCGCGUGCCCGCGGCUGCCCUGUCCAUAAAUCCACCCAAAGUGGGGAAAGUUGAGCGCGUGAAACUUUGUUCCCAGUGAACUGAUCGAGUUUGGCUUCUGGGGAAAGUUUGAGUGACAGCGAUGUCGCCGCGUAAAAGCCUGUUUGCUCCUUUCAUCACGGUGGAUCCGGAGCGAGGGUCCGGGUCCGGCCCCGGGUCCGGUCCCGGGUCCCCGGCAGCUUACACCGACAUCCAGGCUCUGCUGCAGCGGAGCCGCGCGCAGGAGCGAGCGGGGGCAGAGCGCACCAGAGGCGGCUGUGACCUCCGGGAGUCUCCGUGCGCCCUCGUGGAGCUGCGGCUCGGACCCGCCGGCGGCGCGCUGCACUACCUGCAGCCGGACAAGUGCGCGCUGGAGCGGGCGCAGAGGAGGCGACGACUGGCUGCCAACGCCCGGGAGAGGAGGAGGAUGCUGGGGUUAAACGUCGCCUUCGACCGGCUCCGGAGCGUCAUCCCCAACCUAGAGAGCGACAAGAAGCUGUCCAAAUCAGAGACGCUCCAGAUGGCGCAGAUCUACAUCAGCACCCUCAGCGAGCUCCUGGAGGAGGAGGCCUGCGAGGAGCCCGCACCCGCCCGCACGCCGCGGCCCCCGGGGGCCUCGCUACCGUCUCAGGGGACCACGGUGCACGCGUGAGGGACCUUCAGUGC